AUGUCACUAAUUUAUUGGCAACAAAAUUUACAUCAAUACCAAAAAUCUUUAGAUUCAACUUCUUCACUUGAUGGUUAUAUGUAUAUUCGAGAAAUUUAUCAAAAAAGUUGGAAUAGAAAAACGAUUACAGAAUGGAAACAAUCUUAUUUAGUUUUGAGAGGUGCAAUGUUCUACCAAUUUGCGGAUUCUUCUUUUCAAUAUGCACAGCAUUCGUUAAAUUUAAGAGAUAUAAUGGAAGAAAUUUGCCGUAUAGAUUUAACAAAUGAUGAAAAAUAUGUCUUUCAAAUAACAUUUUCAACAGAUACCUCUGCUGCUGGUAAUGGUAAUAGUUUAUGUGCCUUACAAAUUAGUUGUCCAAACGAGGAAAUUUUACAGCGUUGGAUUAGUGCAAUUUCUAUGGCUUUGUAUGUCUCGGCUGACAACCCUCCCCCAGUUGCUUGUAUGGCUAUUUUAACAUCUACCCAUUUAGUUUUUGCACAGGAGGGAGUUAAUUGUGCUGUUGAUGGAUUUAUGAGAUGCCUUUGUUCUAUAAGCCGUGAAGAAUUUAAUGAUAUAAAAAUAUAUGCAGUCCACACAGAAUUUAAUACAGGAUUAACAAUUCGUCGAGAUGAUGGUUCAUCAGAAGAUUGGCUUUUAUUUCGUGAACGUUCAGAACUUGACCGUAUAGUUGAUUGUUUACGUGAAAAAUGGGAUUUAAAAGUUAAUUUUUGUUGUGAUUUUGUGGUGGAAAAAUGUAAAGAAUUAUAUUCUUGUGGAGAAGAUUUGGAUUUGGAUGAUAAUUUGAGGAAAGAUUUUUUUAAAAAAUUGGUUUUGGAAUGCUCCCAAAUGACUAAUUUGUGGCGUGUAAUGCCUAUUGAAUCUGUUGAUGAAUCGAGGCAUUUUUAAAAGGAAAGGGAAGGUUUUUUUAUUUUUAAGCUUAUUUUUU